AUGGAUAGGUUCAAUAGAACCGCACGACAAGUAAGGGGAGUAGGCAAGAAGUUUACUAUCAGUACUCUGGCCACUGCGUUGAGGCCUUCCCCGUUUGCUGAUAACUUGUUCGCAGAGCCCCCGCUAACCUUGGACGAAUUACAAGAGAGGGCCGCUCGGUUCAUUAGAAUAGAAGAAAUGAGGGCAGUCCAAAGGCGGCAGCAAGAGCAAAACUCAAGUUCAGGACAGGAGAAGAAGGAGGCUAAGAAACCGUUCGUACUAGGCGAGCGGUUAAAAGGCCAGAAGUAUAGAGAUGGCCCGAAGGGGGCUAGGUACGAAAGGUACACCCCGUUGAACACUCCAAGGGUGAGAGUACUGGAAGAAGCCCUUAAUGCAGACUUGAUAAGGUUUGUUAAGGAGGAAAGGAAGGUGAGAAGUCCGCCUAAGAGGGCUAGGGCGGAGCGAAGUGAUGAGAGGGAGGGUGGGUCAUCGGCGUCCGCAAGAAAAAGAAACCUGAGGGAGCUUAAGAGCGUUCAUAGGGUAGAUGUGAGAAAGCGCUCUAUGCCGCCCAUCACAUUUACGGAUGAAGAUUUCCAUGCUCCCGAUCCGGAUGAGGAUGAGCCGAUGGUAAUAACUGCGGUCAUUGCCCGAUAUAGCAUGGGAAAGGUAUUGGUGGACCAGGGCAGCUCUGUUAACAUUCUAUACUGGAAGACAUUCCAGCAGAUGGACAUAUCCAAAGACCUGAUCGCCCCGUACAAUGAGCAGAUAGUAGGAUUCGCGGGGGAAAGGGUAGAUACAAGAGGAUAUGUGGAUCUUAGAACGUGCCUGGGAACCGAGCGGACCAAGGAGGUGAAAAACAGGUUUUUGCUGGUGGAUGUAAACACCUCUUAUAAUGUGCUAUUAGGACUACCGUGUUUGAAUGCAUUCGGGGCAAUUGUUUCCACACCCCAUCUCACGCUGAAAUUUCCGUUGGACAAUGGAACCAUUUGCACCGUUCGGUCCGACCUGAGGAUUGCUAGAGAAUGUUAUAUGACGGAGUUGAAGGUUCAGCCAUCGUCAUUAGAUCCACCCAGUCGGCAUAAGAGAAGGCGUUCGGAGGUAGCCAUGGCAGAUUUGGAUCCAAGGACUAAUACGGACGAUCGGAUAGAACCAAUGUGA